AUCCAUUUUUACUGUGUGUUUUGAAGGGAGGGGGGGUGCACUGUGCUGGUCCAUCUGCAAACCCUGGUCCCUGGCUUGGAUUUGUGAUAUGCACACGCGCACAACUAAGUUUGACACCAAAACGCGUCCGCCGUUACGCACGGGCGUUUCGGAUUCAUUGUGACUUCAUGCGGAUGCUUACCUCUGGGUUUUUUUUCCCACACUAGUUCGCUGUUCGAAUCCGAAAGCUGCGGGAUAUGUCGAAAGGCGGAGGCGUUCCUAUUCCUUCUUCUUCUUCUUUUUCUACCCAAAGCCUCCCCAAGUUGGGACCCUGCUGACGCGCAAUGACAUGAAGAAAUAUCAUUUUAUGCCACUCAAGUUGUCAAGAGGAGGACGUCUUCGUUGCAUUUUUCCACUGAACUGAUCUCCACAGAGCCACGCUGCCGAGGGAAUCGCAGUAGGCGGGCCUGCUGUUGAACUUUUUUGUUUUAUUUUUGCUACCUGUCAAACACCGCGGCAUCAUGCAGACCUCUUCGCUUCGGCGGCAGAUGAAAAAUGUGGUCAACAACUACACGGAGGCUGAGAUCAAGGUCCGAGAGGCCACCUCCAACGACCCCUGGGGCCCUCCCAGUUCGCUCAUGUCUGAAAUCGCGGAUCUGACUUACAACGUCGUGGCUUUCACCGAAGUUAUGGGAAUGAUCUGGAAACGGCUUAACGACCACGGGAAGAACUGGCGUCACGUUUAUAAGGCUCUGACUCUGCUGGACUACCUGGUCAAAACAGGCUCUGAGCACGUGGCCAAGGAAUGUCGGGAGAAGAUAUACUCCAUCCAGACGCUGAGAGACUUCCAGUACAUAGACCGGGACGGACGGGACCAGGGUAUCAACGUCCGUGAGAAGGCCAAGCAUCUAGUGGCUCUGUUAAGGGACGAGGAGAAGCUGAAGAAGGAGAGGAGCCAGGCACAAAAGACCAAGACGCGCAUGGUUGGGAUCAACAGCGGCUUAGGCUCCGGAUCCAUGCCUCCGCCGUAUCCAGGGCGACGCACCAGCCACCCGACUUCUGCAGGGAUGUACGGAGAUGAGUUGGGCAGGUGCAGAGGAUCGCCGUCAUCCCUUCACUCCUCCACUUCCUCCCCUCGACUCGCUCCAGACCUGGAACAAGCUCGGCCCCAGACCAGCGGAGAAGAGGAGCUGCAGCUGCAGCUGGCCUUGGCUAUGAGCCGAGAAGAAAGUGAAAAGCCACCUCCUACUGUGGAUAUUGAUGAACAGACCCAGCUCCAGAUCGCUAUGAGUCUCAGCAAGGAGCAGACCCAGAAGCCAGUUCAACGUGCACUGGGCGCGACGAGUAUGGAUGAGGAGGCUCAGCUAGAGUUAGCCUUGAGUCUGAGCAAAGAGGAGCACCAGCAGGAGCAACUCAGUCGCCAAGGAGACGAGUCGAUGCUGCAGAAGGCUCUUGAGGAGAGCAAACGUGAGAUGGAGACUAAAGGCGGGACCGCCUUCAUGGACCUGGUAGAUGUUUUUGCAGUGCCCUCAGAUCCGCCUCCUAGGAACCAUUGCUGGAAUAGUGGUCCACAUCAGGCAGCUGCCCGUGUGGGGGGCACAGACCCCUGGGACUCCCUGGAUGGCAGCAGCAAUAUACCAAGGCCCGACUCCCCAUGGAUGGUACCGCCACCCAGCAGCCCUCCCCCACCGUGGGAGCCGAGCCAGCCCCCAGUUGACCCAUGGGAUGCCCCGCAGAACAACGCCUCCAACAUCAACUCAGCCAACAGAGUGUGGGCCUUUCCUUCUGACGCAGCAGCUUCCGGUGUGGAUCCAUUCUCUGCACCAUCAGCAGUUACAGGAGCUGGAAAGGACCCUUCACCCAGAACUGGAAGCCCCUCAGAUGGGGAUCUGUUUGAUGAAGCCAUGGAUGGAGGCCAAGUCAAUGUCAAUGGGCGAGGAGAAGCAGCCAGUCCUGAGCUCUUUGACCUGUCCCGUCUUGGUGAAAGCCUAGCUGCCCCCAGCGCUCGUACGUGUCAGACCCCUGAAGCCUUCCUGGGUCCCACAGCGGCAUCUCUGGUGAACCUGGACAGCCUGAUCCCAACAAAUCCCCAAUCCAAGAACAAGAACCCCUUUCUAUCAGGCCUGAGCGCUCCUUCUGCCACCAAUCCAUUCCAAGCUGAGCAGCCCAAACUAACACUGAAUCAAAUGGGCUCGGCCUCUCUUUCUUCUGCAUCCAAUGCCACUUCUCUUCCAUACAGUGCCUCACUGCCGCUGCCUAUGAGCCACCAGCCUGCCAGCCUCCCCUCCUCACACACUCACCCAGCCCAGCCCGGUUUGGACCUGCUCGGGAGCCUGCCUGAGCCCCUGUUGCCCCUCUCUUCAGCCAGCACUCAGGGAUCUCAGGCCACACAAAGCAGCCAGAACCCUUUCUUAUGAGGACCAACGAUAUCAACAUAUCUCGGAGAAAGGGGAAGGCCAUCCGGCUACACUCUCGAUAUACAGUAUCAGUGUAGCGCCGACUGAACCACAGCUCCAAGGACUUCUAGGAAAAAUACUAUUCUUAGUUGUCUAUAUAAGGUGAUACAGUACAGUAACCCUUAGAUCGAUGCGAACUGGUGCUGUGCUGGACUUCAAUAACCUGUCCUGCUCCUCUCGACAUGAUUGGAGCAACAGGAUAUAAAAGAUGUAUCAACUUUGUAUCAGAAAAUAUAAGCAUCGUGACAACUCCUUUUCAGGCUGUAACUAUUGCUAACAAAUUUAGGACAUAUAAAAGCACAGUUCAAUAACAUUUUGUUGCCACUCCACGUAGCCAUAAUUACCAGGGAGAUGCAUCACGGUUUUUCAACUUGUCAUCAUGUUUCUUGCUCACUCCGCUGAUUGUCAUUGGCUUAGCUGCCCACUGCUGCCUCAUAUACUCUGACUCAAUGAGAGAGAGAUUCUGGUGAGGAGACAGGAGUUAGUCCCAAGUCCUGUCCAGUUCCUACAAUGUUGCUGCAUCACAAUGUUCACAUGGAGCAUCUGUUGGACUAUAACCGAUGCACAAAUGCAUAUACAUACAAUUUACUUAUAAAUAUGAUAUGAAAUACUGGGGUUAAUUGAAUGACAUUGUAGUUUGGGAAUACCGCAAAUGGUUUAGAUUCACUUUAUGCAAAAAGAUGCGUUAGAAAAUAUAUGAAUCAUGAGUUUUAUUCAUUGCUUGUGAACCACUGACUCUCAUCAAAUAUAAGGGUAUAAUUGAAAUAUUGCUCCA